AUGGCUACAUCUCUGGCUGCCCAGUUGGCACAAAUCGCCGCCAAAUCAAAAGCCACCCUCGACGUCAAGGCGCAGAAGGCUGCGCACUCCAAGUCUCUAAUUUGGGAACCUAGAGUUGCUGCCACACAAAGCUACCAGGCAAUCUAUGCAACCUGUCAUCCCGGAUUCGAGGAACUAUGCCAAUUGGAUGACCGACUCGCUCGCUUUCAAUCCACAUUAUUCAGCGAGGACAGCCAAAGCCAGGACCGAGCGCAAUUAUCAGCCACAGAAAAUGAGGAACUCGAUCGCCAAGUCGAGGCGUUCCUCCGAUUAUCUGGAAGCAAGUUAAGGCUUAUGCCGGCCAUCAAGUCGAUUGAAUGGCUGAUUCGUCGAUUCCGCAUUCAUGAAGAGAACACCUCUCUUCUGUUGAUGACUUUUCUUCCAUACCACUCGAUUCCCGUCUUUGCGACCUUGCUUUCCAUCCUGCCCGCCAAGAUCUCUCCCGAAUUCCGAUUUCUCGACCCAUAUAUUCGAUCUUUAACGCCACCUCCGAGAUCACUUUUGGUUCAUCAGGCUGUACAUCAUCCUGAGUUUCUGUCUUCUGUUUCCGAGUAUACCCUCGAGUCAUGCAGAAAGCUAUCCCAUUAUCCUGCCCAGGUAAUAUUCUGGGGCGGACUCAUGACAGAGGCCGUAAACGGGAUGUUGGACAGAACACGGUCCGGCCGCGCCGCCGUGCAGAGCGAUAACACGCAGGCAUUAUUGCAUCAACUGGGCCCAAUCUUUGCAGAGUCCCUCGUCAUGAAAAAAGUGCCGAGCUUACAGAUUGCUUCAUACAUGGCCAUGACUGUUUUCGUCUCCAAGGGGAAUCUGGGGGAUGUCGCAGUCACGGCUCUGAUGCAGCAAACGGUUCAUGGGUGGACCAGCGACUCCAUCCGCCCUGGGCUUGUAUGUCUCGCCAUAAUGGCUCAGUUCAGGUCCGCUAAGCAGAUGAACAGCAAAGUGACAAAGGCACUCAUGAAGGUUCAAAAUAUUGGUACCCUACUGGUGGACAUUGGUAAGGAACGUAGAGUUGAUAAGUUGGCCAACGGACUUUGUCUUGCUUUAAUCGAGAGGUUCACAAAGAAAGGAGACUCCCGUGGUUUGCCCACCAUAAUGGCUAUUUUGGACAGUCAAAUUCUCAAAGAAAAGCAAACCACAGUUAUUUUCAAGUCGUUGCUGUUGACCGCCUUGAAACUCGACGACAAGAAUGACACAGACGGUACAUUGCGACGAGAGCUGGGCUCUGCCCUGAUCGCCUUGUCUCAAACGACAGGAAAAUCCGCCGACAUUUUUAUGUCUGUCAUUCAAGACAUGGAGUUUGACAUUGAAGAGCUCGAAAUGAAGUUGAGUCUUUCGCUCAGAGCUAGUAAGCUUCCUUCGAGCGCAGCUGCGGCGAUCGAUGACGAACAACAACAACAUGUCAAAGAAGCUCAAGAUCCGGGAGUCGCUAUUGAGGAGCUAUCAUCUAGAAAGGGAUCUCUACCGCAGUGCCUCGUACCCGAACCCACUGAUUUAUUUGAAGAGUUCAGUCACCUUUUCUUCUCCAUUGUUUCUGAAAGUUCUCGACAGACCGAAAUGCUUUCAAAGUUUGACGAUAUCCCACAACUUGGACGCAAGACAGCUUUCCAAAAAUGGACCUAUUUCAGUUUCUUUAUCCGGAUUUGGUGUGGCCCGUACCCUGCCCUAGCCCGUAUGGCUGCGCUGAAUAUGGCCAGGAACAGACUGAAGUCGGAGGACCGGGCCAAGGUGGAUGUUCAGGCUCUUAUUCCAUAUGCUGUUGUAGCUUUGAACGACGCCUCCAAACGUGUCCGCCAAGCGGCCGCCCAACUAUUGCGUGCCAUCACGGAAUUUUAUACACCUCUCAUCACAGCAAAAUCAGUGAAACCUUGGGCUUCUGGUUCCCUCUAUGGGAAAACAAAGGAUAAAAGUCCUUUAGCUUCCGACAUCACGGCUAAGCUACUUCAUCUGCAAAUUAUUCCCACUGUUGAAGAGUGCGUGAUGGAUCCCGAGCACAUAUCAUCAGUCAUAAAGUCGGUUAUCGAGCAAGGACAGUACAAAGUUGUCCCCCCGCCAACCUUGGAAAAGAAAGACCACAUGGGACAGUCUGCUAGGUUGGCCGUACUUUCAUUCUUCGCCUCUCAUGCCAACCUCACCCCCAUCAUUGCGGUCAAGCAAAAUUUGUUGAAAUUUCUGAACGAGGUCAAAGGCGUUGGAAGCACGACUCGAACCCAGGUAUUACUUCCCUUGCUAAACUGGUGGACUAGCCUCAGUGAGGAGGAAGCCCUCAAGUGCUGUGGCGUUGAGCAACUGGAUGCGACGGCGUUGGACUCUCAAUUCGUUGACGUUGUCGUGGCCACCGACAGCGACGGAAUCGCAGCUCUCAUUUCGCUGCUGCAAGAUGGCGCACAACGACAGAAGACUAGCCUUGUUCGUGCCAUCUUUGGUCGCUUACGGCGUAUGUGGCCUUCCAUGAAAGAUGCAGUCAAGUUUACCGUCGCGGAGCAAUGCCUGUUGCUCUGCCAUGGACCAUCCGGGACUGCUGACUCCACCACGGUUGUACCAUCAGAAGCCGCCGAUCUGCUUCGAACUGUUCCCCUCACAACCUCCAUCCUGUCGUACUUUUUGGACGCUGUCCAGUCCGGCACGAAGAUGGUGACGGAGCCGUUGCCAAAGAAGCGACGAAGGACAAGUUCUGCCGAUGGCAACCGGGUUCUGGCAACGCAAGUUACCCCGGAGCUUAGCGAGGCACUCCGCAGGUUCACUUUUGUGCUUCAACUCGUUGAAAACUCUGAACCCAUCUUCCAUCCCGAGUUAUUAGAUGGCUUGUUCACCGCCCUGUCUGAGCUUCAACACUUUAGAACAGUAGUUGGCUCAGAGCUUGGGUACCUGCAAAACCUCAUUCUUCGAAGCCUUCUAGCCAUGAUGCCUGCGUACAAGGCGAACAAGGAACUCGAGAUCGACAGCUCUGGUGGCUUUGGCGAUUUACUCGUCAACUGUAUCCAAAAGUCAUCCAGUCCAGUAGUUCAAAAUGCAGCAUUGCUCUUAGUGGCCGAUUUGGCGACAACGGCCCCGAAUCUUGUCUUGCAUAGCGUGAUGCCCAUCUUUACAUUCAUGGGAACAUCAGUCCUCCGGCAAAGUGACGACUAUUCCGCCCAUGUGGUCUCACAGACCAUCAAAGAAGUUAUCCCUCCCCUGAUCGAAUCUCUUCGAAAAGGUAAAAACGGUCCAGUUGCUGGGGCCGCGGAUAUUCUGGUCAGCUUCGCAACAGCCUACGAACACAUUCCAGCCCACAGACGACAAGAGCUGUUCGUGGCUCUUGUAGAAACUCUUGGACCGCAGGACUUUCUUUUUGCCCUCAUUAGCAUGUUGAUUGAUCGAUAUGAUACUAGCGAAGGGCUCUUGUCUUUCAUAGUCGAGCUUUUCAACCGUUUCGACAUGAAAACCCAGCUGCAGACAAUCGGCAAAAUCUUGGAUCUCGUAGCAGACCUACACAAGCCGAAGCCAAGCAUAUCAUAUGUCUUACUCGGCAUCGGCGACGACGGUGACGUCAAAGACAUUGAGAAAGUAGCCCUUCGGCAGCUUUCUGCUCUUUCCACCCUCUUGGAAAAUAAGAAGCUUCGAUCGCAGGUCAGCAAGCUAGCUGAUCGUGAAGACAUGGAUGCCGCCGAGGUUCGGGAACUUUACGCGGCUCUCCUGGAAAAUCUUCUCAUUUUGGCCGACACUGUCAAAGCUAACAAGAUGCUCUUUGCUCGCUGCGGCUCUGCGCUUUCCAAUUUGCUGAAUCUGUUGUCAAUCAGUGAAUUCAUCAAGGCUGUGGAAAAUUUACUUGACAGAUCUGACUUUGGCCUGCGUCAGAAGCUCCUUCGUGCUCUCGAGGUGCGUGUGGAGACGGAGAACAAUAGCGAUGCUGCUUCCCGCAACGCUCUGCUGGCCUUUUUGCCGCAACUUACAGCUGCCAUUCGAGACUCCAGCGACAUUCGGUACAAACACACUGCCGUCACUUGCGUGGACAAGAUUGCAGAAAAGUAUGGCAAAAAGGAUGUGGAAGCCGUGGUUGCCGCCGCGGAAACCAUUGCAGGGCCACAUUGCCUUGGACAACAGGACAGGCGUCUUCAGGUCAUGGCCCUGUUGUGCCUUACGUCGCUGGUCGAUGUGCUGCAGGACGCUGUUGUGCCCAUUCUUCCCAUGGCCAUUCCACAGGCAGUCCACUACCUUGAAGCCAGUCUAGGCAAGGACGAUAUGGACCAAGAGAUCCACUCGGCUUGCUACGGCUUCAUCAGCUCGUUAGCAGAGCAUCUUCCUUACAUGCUCUCAACGUACCUUGACAAGAUUCUGCAUAUUUCCUACCGUUCGGCUGAGUCGGAAAUGGACGACGAGGUCAGUGAGAGCAGGAAAAAUUGUCUCGAGUUUCUCGCCAAGAAAUUGGACGCAAAAGAAGUCUUUACCAGCCUGGACCGCAGCUGGGACAAGGCUUUAGAGUCGGGUUUCUGCGCCAUAUCUGAAUAUCUCUCUGUUUUUGCCGUUGCUAUUGAAGACAACUCCAAGUCGACGAUUGCGAGACACUCUUCUGUUUUGUAUAGCAUACUGAUCCAGGUUCUCGAUUUACGGAGACACGUCAGUUUCAACUCGGAGGAGAAGGAGACGUCACUGCGACAAGUCACCAGAAUCGAAACAACCCUUAACGAAACCGCUAUGAAGAUGAUUUACAAACUUAAUGAUGCUGCAUUCCGACCGCUCUUUGUUCAGGUCAUUGAGUGGACCGACAACGGUUUACCCAAAAACGACAAGAGUGGGCGAAAACUCAGAAAAUACAGCGUCUAUGGUUUCCUUCAAGCUUUCUUUGAAAAUCUCAAAUCAAUCGUUACCAACUAUGCCACCUACAUAGUAGAAGAUGCCGUCAAAACUCUUGAGGCUACGGAAUUAAAGUCCGUCGAAGAUCGGGAGCUCUGGAGCCGCGUCCUGGAGGUUCUGGCCACCUGCUUUGAACACGAUCAAGACGACUUUUGGCAAGCCCCUUCGCACUUUGGAGCCGUCGCACCGGUUUUACUGGAUCAGUUCCUGAAGGCCAGCUCAGCGGACGUAUGCGAGCGGUUAGUUCCCGCAGUGGUCGAACUGGCUGCCGUGGCAGACUCGCAGGCACAUCACAAAGACCUGAACACCAGGCUGAUGAAACAUUUGAAAUCAGAGCAUGCCGCAGUUCGACUGGCAGCUGUCAAGUGCGAGCAGGCGUUGACGGAUCGACUGGCAGAAGAUUGGCUGUCCAUGCUGCAUGAAAUGCUGCCUCGAAUUAGUGAGCUGCAGGAAGAUGACGACGAGGUGGUGGAAAGGGAGACGCACAGAUGGAUCGUCAAAAUCGAAGGCGUCUUGGGCGAAAGUCUUGAUGCGAUGUUGCAGUAA